AAUCAGGUGGUUAUCUAAUCUUCACAAAAGUUUCCUCUUGGAAAAAAAAAACAGAUAGAAAGAAAGAAAGAACGAACCUUAUAUAUAAUAAGUGUAUAUAGCACUACUAGACUACCAUGAUUAAAGUUAUAGACUUCCGAAAGUUAGUUUUUGUUGCUUUCUUGGUUUUAGACCUACUAACUACCCAAGUUUUGGCUGAAUGCACUUGUGAACAAGAAGAAGACGAGGGCAAAAAGAGUGAAGCUCUCAAGUACAAACUGAUCGCCCUCGCAUCGAUCCUCGUCUUUGGGGCCAUCGGUGUAUGUAUCCCAUUCAUCGGUAAAAUCGUCCCGGCUCUUAGCCCUGAGAAAGAUGGCUUCUUUAUAGUCAAGGCAUUUGCAGCGGGUGUCAUACUGGCUACGGGUUUUAUUCAUAUACUUCCUGAUGCAUUUGAGAGCUUAACGUCUCCGUGUUUGAAAGAACAUCCGUGGGGAGAGUUCCCUUUUACGGGGUUCAUUGCGAUGAUGGCCACCAUUUUAACACUCUUGUUUGAGACUUCAUCCGCGGCUUAUCAAGUCAGGGGAAGCACUGAUCCUCAUAAGCCUGAAGAAAGUCAUGGAGAUGAAGAAAAUAACCCGCGACAUAGUGGUCAAGUGGCUGCUCACACGCAUGCGACUCAUGGACAUGCUCAUACCUCUGCGGGUACUUUGUCACAAGCAGAUCGAUACCGAAUAGUUUCCAAGGUAUUGGAACUGGGUAUUAUCGUACAUUCGGUAAUAAUAGGCUUGUCGUUGGGUGCUUCUGAAAGUCCAAAAACCAUCAAACCGCUUGUCAUUGCAUUGACUUUCCAUCAAUUCUUUGAAGGAAUAGGUCUCGGAGGAUGCAUUUUUCAGGCAAAAUUUAAAUCAUUAGCUGUUACGAUAAUGGGAGCAUUUUUUAGUCUUACAACCCCAAUCGGGAUUGUGAUAGGCAUAAUUGUAACCAAUAGUUACAAGGAGAACAGUUCUACGGCUCUAAUCGUUGAGGGUGUAUUAAACUCUGCAUCGGCAGGAAUCUUGAUCUACAUGGCGCUUGUUGAUCUUCUUUCACCCGACUUCAUGAACCCAAGGAUGCAAAAAAACAAAAUGCUUCAAUUGGGUUCAAAUGUUUCACUUUUUUUGGGUGCAGGUCUUAUGUCGCUCCUUGCAAAAUGGGCUUAGACCCCUUUUUCUCUUAAUGUAUAGUGAAUGUCUCACAUAUUUAUGACAUACUUGUUGUGUAUGUUAUUUUGAAUGAUUUGCCAGUGCAAUUUUGAAUUUCAUUACUUGCUAUUGAAUGAAAUAAAUUACAUAAAUGUUCAUCAACUGUAACUUUGUGAGUGGUGACACAUGUUGUAAAA